UAACAACUUGCCGUUGAAACAUGGCUGGGGGAGCGAGUUCGCUUGACGGUAAGCUACUAGUAGUCGCUUUAGAUUUUGGAACUGCGUACAGUGGAUAUGCUUUUUCCUUUCGGAGUGAUUAUCGACUGGAUCCACUAAAAAUCGAAAUCAACCACUGGACGGGAGAGGGUGCCCAGACAAUGUCGCCAAAGGCCCCGUCAUCGGUUCUCCUGAAUCCAGACAAGACCUUCCAUUCCUUUGGUUAUAAAGCAGAAGAGGAGUACGCCAGUCUGGUAGAGAAUGAAGAACAUCAGGACUGGUAUUUCUUUACGAAUAUCAAAAUGAGGCUACUCUACAAAGAAAAAGUGUCUCGAUCAGACAGUAUUGAGGAUGAAUGUGGAAAGUCAGUGCAAGGAUUGGCGAUUCUCAGUAUGCUCAUUCGUUAUCUAAAGGAUGAUCUCUACGGGCGACUAAAUAUGAGGGGUAUAAAUGUCAGGGAUCAGGAUAUUUUAUGGGUGCUGACGGUUCCCGCCAUUUGGUCAGAUGCCGCUAAACAGUUCACAAGGGAAGCUGCAGAACAGGCAGGGAUAAAGGCUGUUGAUAUGAUAUUUGUGUAUGAACCGGAAGCAGCAGCCCUCUAUUGUCGAUUACAGAAACUGCAUAUGAUAAAUGAUACAACAGACAGUCCAGAUUCAGAUAGUAAGACUACCCUUACAGAACGAAAAAUCUUGGUGUUUGAUAUGGGAGGUGGUACAACCGAUAUCAGCGUGAUGGACAUAAAGAGUGACAAAGAGAUUCACAUUGUUGAACAAGCUAGCGGGGGUCCCUUUGGAGGAACCGCCAUCAAUGAACGAUUUAGCAAUUGGAUGAGUGAAAUAUUUGGAGAAGAGAAUAUGAAAGCAUUUAAAAAAAACAAAAGAUCAGAUUACAUGCAAUUAAUUAGAGACUUUGAACAAAAGAAGCGACCUAUUGACCCGAAGGAAGACAAACCGUUAUGCUUACAAAUUCCACCAUCUCUUAAAAAACUUGCAGAAAAAACAUGGGAUUGCAAUCUGGAAGAUCACUUCAAAAAUCUUGAAAGUUUUCCAGAUGUUCAGGUUAAAAAAAGGGGGAAGCUAUUCUUAUCUUCUUCGUUUUUAUUGGAAAAUUUCGUUUUACCUAUUGCUAACAACGUCUUAGCAGAAAUGGAGCGGAUUCUCGCAAAGCAUGGUGAUAUCAAUUGUGUAAUAACUGUGGGAGGAAUAGCUCAGUCUGCUGCCAUGACUACAGAAAUCCGAAAAUAUGCUAAAAAUAUACCUGUCUAUGUUCCUUUCGAUUCAUCAGUUGCCGUUCUUAACGGAGCAGUGCUCUAUGGACAUGAAAACAAUGUGAUAAAAGCACGUGUCUGUAGGUAUUCUUACGGAAUCCAAACCAUGAGACCUUUUACUGAAGAAAAAGAUGAUGAGAGUAAGAAGGUCAUACAAGAAGGCGAAAUCUGGUGUAAACACUGCUUUAGAUCACUCUACAAUGCAGGUGAUAUGAUCAAACUCGGUGAUGUUCGUCCAUAUGAACUGGAGGAAUCUUUUCAUGAUGAAGACAGGAAAAAUAAGCGAUUCCAGCCGAUUCGGUGUGUUCUUUUCCGAUCUGAAAAGAAACAUCCGAGAUACGUAACUGAGGAAGGGUGUUUUGAGACGGGAAGAAUAGAAAUUGAACCUCCAGAAGAGGGUUUUCCUAUUCAUUACGAAUGUAUUGUUGAACUAGAGUUUGCUGGCACAGAAAUAAUUGCUCGCCUGAAAGAUAGUGAAAGAAUUAAAACCAUUCGGCUUGACUUUUUAAGCUAA